AUGCGAGUCGUUGUAACAGGGGCAUCUGGUGUUCUUGGGUCGGCCGUCUAUAAUGCAUUUCAACAAAGAAAUCAUCAAGUCCUUGGUCUGGCCUAUUCACGGCCCACAGGAACAUUGAAAAAACUCGAUCUAUUAGAUGAGGGGGAGACUAGGCAGACAUUCACCAAUUUCAGUCCUGAUUGGGUCAUCCACUGUGCAGCAGAGAGGAGGCCUGACGUGGCUGAGAAGGACCCAGACGGUGCUCGUAAGCUCAAUGCUUCAGUGCCGGCACAUCUGGCGGAACUUUCGAAAGAGUUACAUUUCACCCUGAUUUACAUAUCCACUGAUUACGUCUUCGAUGGGACGUCUCCUCCCUACACUCCCUCUUCCAAGACAAAUCCGUUGCAGCUGUAUGGAGAAAGCAAAUUGGGUGGCGAGGUCGCUAUCUUAGGUGUAGAUGGUGCCCAGGCCGUUGUACUGAGAGUGCCUGUUCUAUACGGGCCAGCACCAAAGAACUCUGACUCCGCUAUCAACGUCCUUCUGGACGUCGUGCAAGACCAGUCCGGAAAGCAAUACCAGAUGGAUCACUAUGCAACGCGCUAUCCCACCAAUGUUGUGGACAUAGCUUCCUUCUUAGUCAGAUUAUCGGGAUUCAAACAGCCUAUCCCUCCUAUUUUACACUACUCCGCUGACGAACCCUUCACCAAAUACGAAAUCUGUCUCAUUUUCUCGAAGAUCUUGGGUCUCUCGCACAAACACAUAAUCGCUGACGCUGAUCCACCUACGGGUGCUGGAGCAACUACUCGACCAAGAGAUUGCCAUUUGUACACCAGAGAAACCGAAGAUCUCGAUGUCCCUGGAGGUUUAGACUGCUCGUUAUUCGAGGAGUGGUGGACGCAGCACCUGUCAAAGUCAUCUUAA